GAUCCUACAUGAAAGAGACCCUUCGAGUGACUCUCCACCCCCAGGGACCACGACUAGCAGAUGCUCAGCAGUGGAGCUGGACUUAAAAAGGACAACAGAUGAGAAAAUGCAUCCAGAAGGAAAGGAAAGAACAUAAGGAACGGAACAGCUAAACCCAGCGAACCCUAAAAGGUCCAUUAACAGGGAAUAAAGGCCAAGCGGCAUAACUGAUCGGGACUUCUGCACGGCGGCAGAUCAUUAUGGAUGGAGCCUUGCACAAAAAAGAGGAUUCUGACAUCGCAAGCAGUCUAGAGGGUGAGGAUUUCUUCUGCCGGCUAACCGACGAGGAGAAGGAGUGCCUUCAAUAUCUCCUGGAGACCAUUGACUCGCUAGAUGCUGACGAUGAUCAUGAUGAUGAUGACGAUGAAAACGCUAAUACCGAACAAGGAAGCAGUGCACAUUUUAGCAAUUCAAAAGAUGACUGCCCAGAAGGGAAGCUUGAUAAAAAUCAACGACGUUUGGGUGAAAGUGCCCUGGUGCCUGAUAAAGCUGAACCCGAACCAUCUUUGCCAAAGAUGAAGAUUACAAAGUCUUUCUCCGAGGACGGACCUGGUUUCUCCAUCACGGUUUCUCCCGAGACGGGGCAUAGAUCUGCUGGUUCCCAUCCAAGCCAUCUGAGGAAGUUUGAUACUAUAAUGAAAUCAGGGGUUAACGUUCAGGAACUAAGGGCCCGCUUCAUCCGCCAGCAGGUCAACUUCUCUCCUGAAGACCAUUCUAAAGGAACGGAACUCUCUGGGGCUUCUAAACAACAACCCCAGGCUGCUCUUAACCCAAUAUCUGCCAGGCAAGAGGCUUUGCAGAAAUUGGGCUUGCUUAAUAGGAAUCAGAGCACCCCGAAUGCAACUCGGAACUCCUCCGAGACCCGGCAUGAGACAGAGCAGAGCUCCUCGGUACGGAACUGCGAGAUCAACCAAAAUACCACUAAAGGUCUUGAGUCGCCGAGUCCUUUACCGCGAAAAUCAAAAGGCUUAGAGAGGACAUGGCCACCUUAAUAUCCCAAUGAAUGGAUAUACAUGGAAUAAAAUAAACCAGCCAUAAUUUAUUAUAAACUGAAUUGGAUACAUUUGCCACAAAAAAGGUGUGUUGGGACCAGAUUGAAGUUCCUCAGUAGAGGACGACUGAAGGUUCUAUAUGAAAACUUUUGAAUGAAUCAUCUAUAAUGGAUUUAGGCAACUUGUGGUUCUCCAGCUAUUGAUGGUCUACAACCCAUAACAUCUGUAAAGAGCACAUGAGUAGAAAAAAAUAAUUUGGACUACAGGUUGUCUUCUGCACCCUUCAUAAUAUUUUUAUUUUUGAAAAAAAUCAUUUGUAAUUGUUUGCUAAUAUGAAAAUAUAAUUGAUUCUGGGUGAACAGACAUUGGGACGGUGACAUUGAUUAAAUGACAUUGUAAAGACGCUUAGUUAGAUUUUAAAUCCACGUGUUUGCAGUGUGACGCACACGCCUGACUACGAUAUCAAUAAAACGCUGAUAAGGUAAAUUGUAAAAACAGAGAAUUGCUUCAAUGGGCACUUCCAGUCCCUUUAACGCAGUCUGCAAGAAUCAGAUGUGAACAUAAAAAUAAUGUUCUGCAGCAAAAUCAUGAUAUAUAUAUAUUCUUUUAUCCCAUUUAAAUUUGAGUGGAUCCUAAAUUUUAGUAAAAUGCUUUUACAUCAA